CCCUUUUAAAGCAUUUGUCCAUCGAAGUUCGUUAAGAAACAUGCACUAAUUAACCUUUGAGACGAGAAAGCAAACGAUUUAUUCGUCUAUCUAUCAAACGAAACAGUGCAUUAAACAGACCAUGGACUUACUUAAACCGAGAACUGUACCUCUAUCGGAGGAAACCAUACUUUGGUUUGAGUUUCUGCUGAAGCCGUCGCUGUUAACAAAACAUCUAAACAAAGCAAAUCCCGAUCCAUCACCAACAGAUUUAAUAACACAGUUCCUUUCAAUCGCUCCGGAUGGUCAAAAUCAAACCCCUGACGCUGCUCCUCCUGAUCCAGAAGGUCCGCACAAAUCGGAAGGACUCAAGUACAACAAAAAACAGCUUGCACUGAAAAUUCUUGCCCUCAAAGUGGCAGCUUUCAUGCGAUGGGAUUUAGAUAAACUCGAGUCGACGCUACCAGUUGCCCGGCAGAUACAGCUCCUGUCCGAUUUGUGCAGCAUAACUGCUGGCAAAAUGGUAACGCUUCCCCCAUCGCUGGUGCAUAAUGCGACGCUUGUGGGUCCAGAUGGAUCAAAGCACUCGCUAACCUUUGCACUUACCCUGUACCAUAGAUGGGUGCUGCGAGCUCAGGUCCUGAGGGCGGGUGCAAUUAAAAAUGUGAAACCAUUCACCACGCACGGUCCUGCUAUAACUGAGCUGGUUGCAUUCACCCUACGUGACGAAAGCUCCAUAGCGGCAUUGGAACCGAUCACACAGCUAAGCAUCGAUUUCCUCAAUCAAGUCUUAUUGGAGCCUCAGACGUUCCGCGUGCUAACAUAUGAUUCUUUCGUACCACUCGAUUCAAACUCAGAUCUUAACCAGCAGCGGUUCGAUGCCGCUAUCGCUAUCAAGCCGUGUGAGCUACGUGCUCAAAUCCACUACGAUCUUCUCCAGUACUAUCUUCAUGUUCAAAAGUAUGACUUGGCACGGCAAAACGCUCUUCUGUGUAAAGACAACUAUGCCCAGUGGCAAAGGGAAGAGAUAGGGCGCACAAGCCUUCCACCGGCAUACUGCACGAUUAACGCAGACACUUUGCAGGGUUAUCUGUUAGCAUGUGGAGUUACUGGAGAGCCAGAUGGUUUGCUGCAACGCUUACACGAGUCGAUUCUCAAUCACUAUUCUGACAUUGUGGUGAUACUGAAGGAGGACAACAUCCGCAAAGAAAUACCGAUGACACAGCGGAAGCUGCUUGAGCUCAACAUCGAAGGGUAUAAUGCAAUUGGCAGCACUGAUGGUAAUCCAAUUGAGCAGAAGGAACUAGAGCUGGCCGUGGUUGCGCUGAACAUCAUCCGCUAUGUGAUGGACGGCGAAAACAUUCUCAGUUGCAAUGUAGCGUUACAAAAGUACAAAAAUCAACAGCCGAAGCUAAUCGAAUCCUUGUUCCAAUAUGCGAACGAACAGUAUGAUCAGUUUUCGCUCGAACAGCGGGGCCUAUUGAGGCAGUACUUUUACAACAUCAUUGCCUUGUAUGGUGGUGAACUGGGAUCCGCAUUCGAAUCGUUCGUGCAUUCGUAUUCAAAGGUGGUGUCACCGCAAGAAUUAAAAGACUUUCGUGCACAACGAGUGAAACCAGAGACACAGCUAGGAGGCAUUGCCCUGCAAAGUGAUUGGGUGACACCGGAUAUAAAGAAUUCUCGAGUUGAAAUCGGCCAGUUGGAACGUCAGCUUAUAUCUUGUACUUCAGCCAACGCCGUCCGCAAGCUGUUGGUAAAGAUAGCCGGUACCAACCCUUCGAAACCGCUGUUCACGAUCAACCCAAGCUGGACGAUACCAUACCCGUUGGAGCAGCUGUUAAUUCCGCUGCAACGUGGCUUUCUGCAAGAUUUUGCCUAUAUUCUUAUUGGAAAGGCGAGAGAAUUCACAGCCCGAAAAGAUUACGCCACCGCCAUCACGCUGUUGACGGUGUUGAAAAAUGAAACGCAACGGCCGGAACUAUCGUCUAACCCGCUGAUGGCGAAGCUCGGCAAGAUGGUGUCCUGGGAGGGAUUGCUGGUGCAGAUUCAGCAGGUGCUGGAAGAGUGGCCACGCAAACCUGCCGAGCAGCAGCAGCUUGUUCGCAACUGCAAGCAGUGUCUCAAUGCGACGGUGGGCAGUGCAGGUAACGAUGUAACACCUCACGCCAAGCUUCUGGAGCACUGUGCCGCGCUGCUAUUGAACUUUAACGAAUGGAAUGCGCUGUUGAUCACAAAUGACAAGCGCUAUCCGGGCAUCGAGUUAUGUUCUGCUAUUACCCAGGCGUUUUUCGACAUUGAAAAGUUCAAGGGUACAAAGAAAACGAACCGCGAAGCGUGGGAGAUGGUGCUACCGAUGUUCUUGAACCCGCCAGGUUCGCGCCAGCGACAAUUGCCACCGGACAGCCCGCUGGUGUUGCUGAUAGCAAAGCUGCGCGAUCCGCUGGUCAUUUCUAUUCUUCUUUCUCUGCUGACUAAACUGCACAAUAUCUUGCGCGACGAAUCGAACCUCGAAAUGAACGCUGAGUAUAUGUUUCUGUGGCCAUCGAAUGUUAACAACACUUCAAUCUACAACAUAAAGCUGGUUACCGAGGCGCUCAAUCUACUACUCAAUCAAGCGCUCAAAUACUACCCGAACAAUAUUCCCUGGCUAAAACUUAAAGGAGACGUAGAGUUUGUGGCAAACAACUACGAGGCAGCCAUGCGGUACUACGUGACGGCGCUAAUUUCAGGAACCGAAUACUGCACUGUGCACCUGCAACGUCCGCUGUUCGAUGAUUUUCUCAUACGCCGCAUGGUAAAGUGCAGCACGAACUUGGGUUGCUUCGUGCAGGCGGCAGUACUCUGCCAGUUUUUUGACGAAACCGAUUACGGGCUAGCGUUCAAGAGUAUCAGUGAAAAAGUGGCCGGUUAUUCGGAUGCAAUGGAUUCAUACUACAGCUGUAUUUGGGAUCCGACUCUACUGGAGUUUAUCGUCAACUGGCACUACAAGAAAGGCGAGCACAAACGACGAUUGCAAGCGAUUUCAUUUCUUGGUCAGCUGGAGCUGAAUGCAAACAACAACGAGGAAAUCAAACGAGAAGCGGCGGCCGUAAGAAAAAAUCGGUUUCUUAGAUCACUUGCAAAGCAGUACAUGUGUUAAAAGAGCUCCAUCGGAUCGAG